AUGGCUCGGAAGGAUCCCAUCUUCGAAGCACGUACUAAUGUGAAGUUACACUCCAACCGGCUCAAGAAAGAGGCCGCUCGCGCCGAAUCGACUUUCAAAUCCGAGAAGGCAAAAGCAGACAAGGCCAUGAAAAAUCGCGAGUUCCAAAUCGCCCGCAUCCACGCUGCCUCUGCAGUACGCGAGAAACGAAGACAGGUAACCCUCAAGGAGGAAGCAGCUCGCGCAGAUGUUAUUAUCAACGAGCUCAAGGCAGCACAAAGUACUCGUGAUACAUCUCGCACUUUAGCCCUAGCAUCUCGGGGCUUGGAUGCUGCGUCUAAGAGCGUGAAUCUUGAGGCGUUAGUCUCCCAUGCAAACAACUUUCUAGCACGUUCCGAGGAUUUCAAAAUCGCCAGUAGUGCAAUCGAGGAUGUUGCACAAGGUGUCUCCAUGCGAGAAUACGGUGCUGAGGGUGAAGCCGACGUUGACCGCCUUAUGGAGCAGCUUGCGGAUGAUGCGGGCGUGGACCUACGCAUGGCUCUGGAUGCAGACACCGCCCCCAAAGAGGACGUCAAGAAUCAGAAGGAAGCCGAGGCAGACCUUGAGGAUGGCUUGGGCGCCAGGCUACGAGCUUUAAGGGCUGCCAGCUGA